CUUUCCAAGGGAACGUGCCAGACUUCGGCUAUACACUAUUUUCUCGUCGAAUAGAUGCUGCUCCUUGGGGCAGCAUCUGUGCCUUCUUAAAUCUGUGUUUCUAGUUUUUACCAGCAAGCCUGGCCCGAAGGGGUUUGCAGGGUCUAUGUUAAAUAAAUGGAUAAAUGAUUUCGUAAAUGUUGCUCAAGAAGAGCCAAGUAGUGCCGGGGCCGGGCGCGGUGGCUCACGCCUGUAAUCCCAGCACUUUGGGAGGCCGAAGCAGGCGGAUCAUCUGAGCUCAGGAGUUCGAGACUAGCCUGGGCAAAAUGGUGAAACCUCGUGUCUACUAAAAAAAAAAAAAAAAAAAAAAAAAGUUAAUAGUGGGAAUGUUCUAGGCAAGAAUUUCUUCCCCCCCUCCUCCCUGGCUGGCUUGUGUGCCGGGAGCUGUGCGGACGCCGGGAUCCUGUGAGAGGGAGAAACCUCAGUCUUGCUGCAGCUCCUGCUCUUGUGGAGCCAAGUGUCAUGGGGCAAAGAGCCGUUAGUGAAAGGAUCCCUCACGACGAAUGUAAGCUGAUGACCUAGCAGAGAAGCAUGAUGAGGGCUUGGAAGAAUGUAAAGCAGGAUUUUGCUAUAAAAGAAGUGACCCUAAGGAACCUUUUGAAGUCAGCAGUAUAGAGGGCACCACCACAAGAAGCCACCAUGCCUGUGGAGAGAGGAGGGAAAACGGACAUGGAAAGGAUUGGCCUCUUUAGUGAAAUGGAAUAUAUUACUGUGGGUGAUAAAUACGUGUCACCAUUUAAUCGACCCUUUAAUGAGGCUGCAAGCAAAAACAAACAGAUGCUACCUGGGGGAUCCAAAGCAAUGUCCAAUCUUCAGGCAGGUUAUUUCGAUCCCCAUUUUGUAAGGAUUUUUGAAGGUGAAGGCUACGUAAAUCUGAAUCAAGUGAAGAGACGGGACAUGAUGCAAGCAGCCAAAAAGAAUCUAAGCAAAGCCUUCCUCCCCAGUAGUGGGGAUAAAAAGCCAUGUGGCUUAGGAAGCUACUAUGGAACAAUAGGUGGCCCAGUCCCAUUCUUCAGCGCACAGCCGAGACCUCGAAAAAAAUAUGAGGCACCUGGAAAGAAUUUAUACACCAGCCCGGGAAAGAAAGGAACUGGAUAUGGCUAUGCAAAUGUUACCAUAGGGAAACAGUUUUCACACGCUGACGACUUCUAUGAUGCACCAAAACAAAAUUAUAAGAAAGCGAAUGAAGAACACCAUCGUUUACUUAAAGGAGCACCGUUUAAGUUAAAUCUUCACCCAAGGGACUAUUUUGAUGCUAACCCUUAUUUUUCUGAGGAACCUUUACCACCAAUUAAAAAAGAAGAGAAGAAAGAAGCAAUUUCAACCACUUUUAAACCUUCUUCUCCAGGUAAAAAGCCUGGUGGAAUGAAGGCAGGAACGUUUGAUCCUUACCCAUCACAUUCUGCCGACCCUUAUGUAACUAAACUGGCAAAGAUUUCUGGCAAAGACGGUAAGAUUUUCCACCCACCAAGCGGACCGAAGAGCAGACCAGUUGAAAGUAUAAUGACUUUGAAUGUCAGAAGGGCACUCAAUUCAAAGAACUACAAGACUGCUUCAGUACCAUCCUAUUAGCAACUGGAAGACAAGUAGCUUUCUAGAUCUUAACUACCAGUAAUUCAUUAUCAAGAGCUAAUUACUUGAAAAGAUAUAAUGUUAUAAAAGAAAUUUAAGCCUGCAACUCGAAUUCUCUUCCUUAUUUUAAUACUACUUAAUUAAUAAAUAGUAUUUGCUA